AUGUUCAACCGCCCCGGUAUUGCCUCCAUGUCUCUGGGUAGACCUUGGAUCCACGACCUGCCUGGCAAGUUGAUGCAGGCUGCUGCCCACGGCUUCGAGGGUAUCGAGCUCUUCUUCGACGAUCUAGACUGCUAUGCCCAGCGCACGUUUAAUGGCGACCACAUGGAGGCCGCCCGUCAAACGCGGCGCCUGUGCGAGAGACUCGGCAUGACCAUCAUCUGCCUGCAGCCCUUUUCCAUGUACGAAGGUCUCAUCGACCGUGCCGAGUCCGAUCGUUUGAUCAAUGAGAAGCUGCCCAAAUGGUUCACCCUGGCGCGGGCGCUGGGAACCGACAUGAUUCAAGUUCCUUCCAACUUCCUCGGCCCCGAUCCCACCACCGGUGCCCCCAGGACAACGGGCGACCGCACCGUGAUUGUCCGUGAUCUCCAGCGUCUGGCUGAUCUCGGUGCCGGUGCCGGUUUCCGCUUCGUCUAUGAGGCUCUCUGCUGGGGUGACCACGUCGACACCUGGGAGGCCUCGUGGGAGGUUGUCCGUGAUGUCGACCGUCCCAACUUUGGUCUGUGCCUGGACUCCUUCAACAUUGCCGGUCGUGUAUAUGCCGACCCUGCCUCGCCUACUGGCAAGACCCCCAACGCGGCCGCCGAUCUGGCUGCUUCUCUCCAGCGCCUGCGCACCGCCAACAUCGACCCUGCCAAGAUCUUCUAUGUCCAGCUCGUCGAUGGCGAGCGCCUCACUGCCCCUCUGAACGAGGAGCACCCCUUCCACGUCGCCGGCCAGCCCGUCCGCAUGAACUGGUCUCGCAACGCCCGUCUAUUCCCCUUCGAAGAGAACCGUGGCGGAUACCUGCCCAUUCUGGAUAUUGCGCGCGUAUUCUUCGAGGACCUUGGCUUCCGCGGCUGGGUGUCUCUCGAGCUCUUUAGCCGUACCCUCGCCGACCCUGAUCCGUUUACCCCCGCCGAGCACGCUCGUCGUGGAAUCGAGUCUUAUUAUAAGAUGGGUCGUGUUCUGCAGUGGGAUGGCCAGGUGGAGAAGAACACCGUCUCCAUUCCCGAGUGCCUUGCAGAGGUUACUUCUCCUGUUCAGCACCACCUGUAA